AUGAUUUUUUUGCUAUUAUCUAUAUCUACAGUGAUAGCUAGAUCUAUUUAAGCUAAUAAAGCAUAUCAAAUUGAAAGUUACUCUAAUCUUAAACAUGAACAUCAUCAUCAUCAAUUCAAAAUCAAAGUACCUGGAACUGGAAUAGUCUAAUUAGAACCUUCAAUAGGAACUGUAAUUUUUGCAAUCGAAAUCUAAGAUAAAAAUGCAAAUGUGGCUCUAGAGAAUGCAAAUACCUUAGUCACUAAGGCUGUGGAUGAAAUUAAAUAUAGUCUUUUUAGAGAUGACUAUACAAUUUAGACUGGAAUCUUUUAACUUUCUUUGAGAUAUGAUUACACAUCAGGAACACAACAAUUAAUAGGAUAUUCAGUUACAAAUUAAUUAUAUGUAACAACAAAGGAUUUAUAAUUGAUUGGUAAAAUUAUUACUGUGGGUGUUAAUGCAGGUUUAAAUAGAAUAGAUGGAGUUAAUUAUUCAAAUAACCAAGAUGAAAUGACUAAAGCUAAUAAUGAGGCAAUCAAAUUAGCUAUUUAAGAUGCUGAACGAAAAGCAAAAUAAAUUGCUGAGUCAUUAAAACUAGAAUUUAGUGAGAUUCUUCACUUUAAAUAUUUGGAUAAUUAUAAUAAUCCUGUAACAGAUGUUUAUGGUCCUAAAGCAGCAGGAAUGGCAACUAAAUCAUCAGGUACUCCAACUCCUAUUUUUGCAGCUAAAAAUAAUGUUAGAGUAGAUAUUGAAUUGAAAGUAUUAUUGAAAUGAG